CAUUUGUAGGCAGAUUUUGUUUCUUGCUUCUUCUUUCUGCCACUCUCUUUGCGUGGGGUGCUUUCAAUUUGAGUUGAGUGAUGAAGAGCACUUUGAAGGAGGAAGGUGAUGGCGUUCAGGACAUCAAUGGACAACACCGUGCUACAGAGAAGCAGCUCGUCACUCCAAGGACUUCCUCAGUUGCCAGUGGCUAUUCCUUGCUGAGGGAUCCCCGCCAUAACAAGGGGUUGGCAUUUACAGAGAAGGAAAGAGAUGCUCAUCAUUUACGGGGGCUUUUGCCGCCUGCCGUUGCUACUCAACAACUUCAGGAGAAGAGGUUGAUGCAGAACAUUAGACAAUAUCAACUUCCACUACAAAAAUUUAUUGCCAUGAUUGAACUUCAGGAAAGAAAUGAAAGGCUUUUCUACAAACUUCUUAUCGAGAAUGUCACAGAACUGCUUCCUAUUGUCUACACUCCCACAGUUGGUGAAGCUUGCCAAAAAUACGGAAGCAUCUUCAGGCGUCCUCAGGGUCUUUACAUCAGUUUGAAAGAGAAGGGUAAGAUCGUAGAAGUAUUGAAGAAUUGGCCCCAAAAGAGCAUCCAAGUAAUAGUCGUGACUGAUGGCGAGCGUAUUUUGGGUCUUGGUGAUCUUGGUUGUCAAGGAAUGGGGAUUUCAGUUGGGAAGCUUUCUUUAUACGCUGCACUUGGAGGUGUUCGUCCUUCUGCAUGUUUGCCUAUUGCAAUUGAUGUCGGGACAAACAAUGAGAAAUUGUUGAAUGAUGAAUUCUACAUUGGUCUUAAACAAAGAAGGGCAACUGGAAAGGAGUACUAUGAACUUGUACAUGAGUUUAUGAUGGCUGUUAAGCAGAAUUAUGGGGAAAAAGUUCUUAUUCAGUUUGAGGAUUUUGCCAACCAUAAUGCUUUCGAGCUACUGGCCAAGUAUCGCACAUCUCAUCUAGUUUUCAAUGAUGAUAUUCAGGGGACAGCGUCUGUUGUUCUUGCGGGAGUUGUUUCUGCUCUGAAACUCAUUGGUGGUACCUUGGCUGAUCACACUUUCUUGUUCCUUGGUGCUGGGGAAGCAGGAACUGGUAUUGCAGAGCUUAUAGCUUAUGAAGUAUCAAAACAGACAAAUGUUCCAAUUGAGGAGACCCGCAAGAAGAUCUGGCUUGUGGACUCGAAGGGAUUAAUUGUCCGCUCUCGUAAGGAUUCACUUCCACACUUCAAGAAGCCAUGGGCUCAUGAGCAUCAACCUGUUAAGGAUCUAUUAAGUGCUGUCAAGGCAAUUAAGCCAACAGUUUUGAUUGGAUCAUCUGGAGUUGGAAGGACAUUUACGAAAGAAGUCAUCGAGGCUAUGUCCUCCAUCAAUCAGAAACCUCUUAUAAUGGCUCUUUCCAACCCCACAUCUCAAUCUGAAUGCACUGCUGAAGAGGCUUACACUUGGAGUAAGGGCCGUGCAAUCUUUGCUAGCGGAAGUCCUUUCGAUCCAUUCAAAUACAAAGGGAAAACCUUUGUCCCUGGCCAGGCCAACAAUGCCUACAUAUUCCCUGGCUUCGGUUUAGGUAUCUUAAUUUCCGGAGCAGUUCGUGUGCAUGACGACAUGCUUCUGGCUGCCGCGGAAGCAUUGGCUGCCCAAGUCUCCAAAGAGAACUAUGACAAGGGGAUGAUCUACCCACCCUUCUCUAGCAUCCGAAAGAUCUCAGCACACAUUGCAGCUAAUGUGGCUGCCAAGGCAUAUGAACUUGGCUUGGCAACCCGUCGCCCGCGCCCGGCAGAUCUUGUCAAGUAUGCUGAGAGCAGCAUGUACAGCCCCGUCUACUAAACCGACCGAUAAACGUAACGAGAUCUCGAGCAGCAUGUGUGUUCUUAGGAGAGAACUUGAAGUGUUCCCAAAAUCUUUACUUGUAAUGGUAUAAUGUUUGUAAUGUUUUUGCUUCAUAAGUCAACUUCUUUAUUAAUGAAAUAAGCAUUUGGAUGAACUU